AUGACUACAGUUGUUGACGGAGAAGAAGGCAGCAUCCGCAACUCCUCUCAAGCUUCCAUCGCGACAAAAUCUUCUUCCCUCUUCUCGAGAUCGCGCAGUUCAACUCUCGGCGGUGCUUCUGCGCGAUUCUCUUCGAAGCUCAUUUCAAGGCCGUCUGAUUUUCGACAUAUCGAUCACCGCGGCCCGGCCGUCCCUGUUCAUCUGAUUGAUCUUGAACGGAGACCCGACGAUGAUCGACGAAUGACACUUCCCGAAGUUCGGUACUCCACCGGUAACUUUAGUGCUGCCAGCAGUCACGAAUCUCCUCAACGGACCUCCCUGAACUCCAGUUCAUCACUUGGUCUGGAUAGCGGGUCCGGCAUUUUGGCUUCCAGUGUAAGUUCCUCUGGGCUCGAGUUUCCGACGAAAUCUCAUUUGAACUUCUACAUUUCUGUUUACUAA